CCACAGGGGGAGAUGGAGAGCAACGAGCUGGAUGUCCUGGCCCCUGUCCUGUCCCCCGUAAGGACGUUGUGAUAACCUCUCCAGAGCCGUUUGCCUUUCUUAUCGGGGCCGCUGGCCAAACAAGCUGGGUUUGGUAUAUAAGGGGCCGGUGGCACAACUGCUGCUUCACUUCAUCACUUGGCUUGCACAAGGCAACCAUGAAGCUGCUCCUGCUCCUCACGUUGGUGGCCCUGGCCCACUGUCAUGUCACCAGGAUCCCUCUGAGGAGGGGGAAGUCCCUGCGGCAGGUGCUGCGGGAGAACGGCUUGCUGGAGCAGUUCCUGGAGCGGCACCCCUACAACCCGGCCUCCAAGUUCUUCAACAUCUUUGGCUCCUCCGAGCCCAUGGUCAACUACCUGGAUAACGAGUACUACGGCACCAUCUCCAUCGGCACCCCAGCCCAGGAGUUCACCGUCAUCUUCGACACCGGCUCCUCCAACCUCUGGGUGCCCUCGAUCUACUGCAAAAGCCUGGCCUGCAGUGACCACAACCAUUUCAACCCCACAAAGUCCUCCACCUUUGUCAGCACCAACGAAAGCCUCUCCAUCUACUAUGGCACUGGCAGCAUGACCGGCGUCCUGGGCUACGACACCGUCACCGUUGCAGGCAUUCAGGUCCACAACCAGAUCUUUGGGCUGUCUGAGACUGAACCCGGUGAUUUCUUUUACUACUGCCCCUACGAUGGCAUCCUGGGGCUGGCUUUCCCCAGCCUCGCCUCCGCCGGAGCCACCCCCGUCUUUGACAACAUGAUGGCAGAACAUCUGGUGGCCAUGGACCUCUUCUCCGUCUACCUGAGCAGGGAUGGGAGGAGCGGCAGCUUUGUCCUCUUUGGUGGCAUCGACCCGCUCUACACCCUCACUGGCAUCAAAUGGAUCCCUCUCUCUGCCGAAACCUACUGGCAGAUCACCAUGGACAGGGUCUCCCUUGGUGACAAUGUGGUCGGCUGUGACCACACCUGCCAGGCCAUUGUGGACACGGGCACCUCACUGCUGGUCAUGUCCAACAAAGCCUUCGAAGCUACCAUGUCCGACCUGGGCGCCGACUCUGAGGGAUAUAUCAGCUGUGACUCUGUCUCUUCGCUGCCUGACAUCGUCUUCCACAUCAACGGCCACAGAUUCCCCGUGCCGCCCCGCGCCUACGUGAUCGAGAGCCAAGGGUCCUGCAGCCUUGGAUUCCAAUCCAUGGGUGUCCCCACCGAGUCGGGCGAGCUCUGGAUCCUCGGGGACGUCUUCAUCCGCGAGUACUACGUCAUCUUCAACAGGGCCACCAACCAAGUGGGGCUGUCCCGCCUACUCUGAGCGCACACCACGGCGCUGGGGACAGGGACAGGCAGCUGUACCCGCUGUCCCCAGCCUGGUGGCUGGCAGAGCUGGCCCUGGCCCUGGCCCCUCUUGCUGCUGCCACCAACCACAAUAAAGCUGUAAA